AUGCUCAACUUCGGCGCUUCUCUCCAGCAGGCUUCGGAAGAAAGGAUGGAAAUGAUUUCUGAAAGAUCGAAAGAGAGUGUGUAUUCCUGGAACAAAACCGCAGAAAAGAGUGAUUUUGAAGCUGUAGAAGCACUUAUGUCAAUGAGCUGCAGUUGGAAGUCUGAUUUUAAGAAAUACACUGAAAACAGACCUGUUACUCCAGUAUCCGAUAUGUCGGAGGAAGAGAAUCUACUCCCGAGUACACCUGACUUUCAUACGAUCCCAGCAUUUUGUUUGACUCCACCUUACAGCCCUUCUGACUUUGAACCCUCUCAAGUGUCAAAUUUGAUGGCAUCAGCGCCAUCUACCGGACACUUCAAAUCAUUCUCAGAUCCUGCCAAGCCUCACAUUGCUGCACCUUUCAAAGAGGAAGAGAAGAGCCCCGCACCUGCCCCCAAACUCCCCAAGGCUCAGGCAACAAGUGUGAUCCGUCAUACAGCUGAUGCCCAGCUGUGUAACCACAGAUCUUGCCCAGUGAAAGCAGCCAGCAUCCUCAACUAUCAGGACAAUUCUUUUCGAAGAAGAACCCACCUGAACGUUGAGGCUGCAAGAAAAAACAUACCCUGUGCAGCUGUGUCACCAAACAGAUCCAAACGUGAGAGAAACACGGCGGCAGAUGUUAAUGAGAAAGCAAGUCCUGCACUUUAUGACUUUUCUGUGCCUUCCUCAGAGACAGUCAUCUGUAGACCUCAGCCCGCCCCUGUGUCCCCACAGCAGAAGUCGGUGCUGGUCUCCCCACCUGCAGUGUCAACAGGGGGAGUGCCACCUAUGCCGGUCAUCUGUCAGAUGGUUCCCCUCCCUGCAAACAACCCUGUUGUGACAACAGUUGUUCCUAGCACUCCACCCAGUCAGCCACCAGCUGUGUGCCCACCUGUCGUGUUCAUGGGCACUCAGGUGCCCAAAGGCGCUGUCAUGUUUGUUGUUCCCCAGCCUGUUGUUCAGAACCCAAAGCCUCCGGUGGUGAGCCCAAAUGGCACCAGACUCUCUCCCAUUGCCCCUGCUCCAGGGUUUUCCCCUUCCACAGCAAAAGUCACUCCUCAGAUUGACUCAUCCAGGAUACGAAGUCACAUCUGUAGCCACCCAGGAUGUGGCAAGACGUACUUCAAGAGCUCUCAUCUGAAGGCCCACAUGAGAACACACACAGGAGAAAAGCCUUUUAGCUGUAGCUGGAAAGGUUGUGAAAGGAGGUUUGCCCGUUCCGAUGAACUGUCCAGACACCGGCGAACCCACACAGGUGAGAAGAAAUUUGCUUGUCCCAUGUGUGACCGACGGUUCAUGAGGAGCGACCAUUUGACCAAGCAUGCCCGGCGCCAUCUGUCCGCCAAGAAGCUACCAAACUGGCAGAUGGAAGUGAGCAAGCUAAAUGACAUGGCCUUACCUCCAACCCCUGCCCCCACGCAGUGA